CUGCUUAUCGAACUUCAAAGAAAAGUAGUCGGUUUUUCCCGCAAUGUCAUUGUAAAAUUGAUCUUUUAUUUAUGUAUAACUAAAUAAUAAAAAUAAAUAGAAAACUAAUGAAAUGUCUAAAGUAAACGCCUACAACAUGGAUGACCAGAAAGAAAAUGUGAUUGUGAGCUUAACCAAGGCUGAAGACAAUGCUGAGAAGGAAUUUUUAAACACGAUAGAAUCCACGCUUAACAGCCGAUUUGAGUGCUUGUUAAAACAGACAGAAAUCUUUGCAAAUUUUGUCCGAGAUACGCUUUCAGAAGCAAAAAACCCUAAAGGUCUUGGCGGAAAGCCCAAAAGAGGCAGGAUUCCUUUGCAACCGAAGCAUCAAGGCAUUGUAUCAAAGGGUGAGGAUAGAGAACCUAUUGGACCAGAUACCAAUAACAAUAAUAUAGGUUACUUAAGUGCUUCGCCCGCCUUUAUUGCAAACGGGCAACUGCGUGACUAUCAGGUACGUGGCUUAAACUGGAUGAUUUCACUCUACGACAAUGGAAUCAAUGGUAUUCUGGCCGAUGAAAUGGGUCUGGGCAAAACACUACAAACGAUCUCGCUGUUGGGUUAUCUUAAGAAUGUAAAACAUGAUACUGGUCCCCACUUGGUUGUUGUACCCAAAUCAACUUUGGGAAAUUGGAUGAAUGAGUUUAAGCAUUGGUGUCCUUCGCUGAACGUCGUUUGUCUCAUAGGCAACCAGAAGACUCGCAAGACUAUCAAAUCUAAAAUGUUGACGAAUGGGAAUGGUAAAUGGGACGUAUGCACGACUUCAUAUGAGAUGUGCUUGCGAGAACGCAGUCUAUUGAAGAGCUUUCACUGGCAGUACAUGAUAAUCGACGAGGGACAUCGCCUCAAGAACGAAAAGACUAAGCUUUCGCUGACGAUGCGCGAGUUCAAAUCGAAGAAUCGUCUACUUCUUACAGGCACACCUUUAAACAAUAAUUUGCAUGAACUUUGGGCACUGCUUAAUUUUCUGCUGCCAGAUAUGUUCAACUCCUCGGAAGAUUUUGAUGAGUGGUUCAAUACGAAUACCUGCCUAGGGGACGAGACGUUAGUUACCCGUUUACAUGCGGUAUUGAAGCCUUUUCUGCUGCGUCGUCUAAAGUCUGAGGUGGAAACGAAUUUGGAACCUAAGAAAGAGGUAAACAUCUAUGUAGGCCUUUCAAAAAUGCAGCGGGAAUGGUAUACCAAGCUGUUGCUCAAGGACAUCGACAUCAUCAAAAGCACCGGCGAAGUGUCAAAAAUGAAAGUUUCGAAUAUUUUAAUGCAGCUGCGAAAGUGCGUAAAUCAUCCCUACUUGUUCGAAGGCGCCGAACAGCCUCCCUACACAACAGACUCGCAUCUACUAAGAAACUCUGGUAAAAUGUUCAUUCUAGACAAAUUACUGCUGAAACUUAAGGAGCAGGGCUCUCGUGUGCUAAUCUUCUCGCAGAUGACACGAAUGCUUGACAUUCUAGAGGAUUAUUGCAAUUGGCGAGAAUUUGACUAUUGCCGCCUUGAUGGCCAGACACCACACGAGGAGCGUAAUAGACUGAUCCAAGAGUAUAAUAUGGAGAACAGCGCCAAAUUUAUAUUCAUGUUGUCGACUCGAGCCGGCGGCUUGGGCAUCAAUUUGGCCACCGCCGAUGUGGUCAUUAUCUAUGAUUCGGAUUGGAAUCCACAGAUGGAUCUACAGGCCAUGGAUCGUGCCCAUCGGAUUGGCCAAAAGAAGCAGGUGCGCAUUUUCCGUCUGAUUGCAGAGAACACCAUCGAUGAGAAGAUUAUCGAGCAUGCGGAUGUCAAACUGCGUCUGGAUAGAAAGGUCAUCCAGUCUGGUAUUAAUAAUCGUCGAAUGCCCGAUAAAAAAGAGUUGUUAAAUAUCAUUCGCUUAAGUGCCAAUGACGUAUUUAGCAUAAAGGACCUGGACACCACUGAUGAGGAUAUCGAUGUUAUACUGGAACGCGGAGAAGCGAAGACAGCUGAACAGAGGGACAGACUAAAUAGGCUGGGUAAAAGCACAAUGCCCACCUUCACCAUGGAUACAAACAGUGGAGCUGGCACUUCCUCCGUUUAUCAAUUUGAAGGCGAAGAUUAGCGCAAGAAGCAGGAGAAUAAAAUAGAACCGAAAAAGAAGCAGCGUAAAUCUUAAUAAGCUGACAAAAUAAUUUAGAAUUUAGGAAAAAUCAGAAGUCGAAAUGAAAGAGCUGAAAGCUUUGAUUAGUGUAAGAUUUUAAAAUAGUCAAGU